AUGGAACGGCCGUGGGACAUUACAGUCUGGACAGAAUUUCAAGUCGCAGAGCCAGAUGAGCUAGAGGCGGGAAAGUGGAUGCCAACACUGGAGCCACUAGUCCAGGCACCCGGUCAUAAGGAUCAGUUAUGGGAAACUACUUCGGCGCUGAGGGAGUUCAAUGCCUCUCCGGGCUUUGGUCUCUACUGGGAAGGCAUUGCCUCACUAUCGUAG